UACGCGUUCCCGCUCUUCACGGAGGCCUUUUGCGCGCGGCUCCUCGCGGACCUCGACGCCUGGGAGCGGUCGCCGCUCCCGCGGCGCCGGCCCAACAGCAUGAACGCCGGCGGUCUCGUCGUGAACGACUGCGGCAUGGAGCGGCUCGGCGACGAUCUGUUGGCGCGCGUCGUCGGGCCGCUGGCGUCGACGCUCUUCGGCGACGAGGUCUUCGCGCGGUCGCUGGACCACCACCACCUCUUCGCGGUCCGCUACGCCGUCGGCGAGGACGAGACGCUCGCCAUGCACCACGACGCGUCCGAGGUGACUCUAAACGUCUGCCUCGGCACCGCGGGCUUCGAGGGCGGCGCGCUCCAGUUCUGCGGCCGCGUCGGCGACGGCGACCACCGCGCGGCGUCCGGCGCCUUCGACCACCGCGUCGGCACGGCCGUGCUCCACCUCGGCCGCCACCGCCACGGCGUCGCGCGGCUCGCGAGCGGCGAGCGCGCGAACCUCGUGCUCUGGGCCCGGAGCAGC